AUGGAUUCCUAUUCUUCCUAUCGGGAUGGCGCGGCCCGAUCGCCAAAUGAGAGAACAUGGAGCCGUGACGAUUCUAGAACUAGGGAGGAGAGAGGCGAUGGAUUCUACCGUGCGAGGUCUCCUGGCAAUGAACGCCGAGAUCGCCGACGCUCUCGUUCCCCACCCCCUGUUGACCGAUACGAGCCACGUCCACGCCGAGAUGGUCGAGACGACCGAGACCGAGAUGACCGGCGUCGCAUUACCUCACCACCGGCGAAUAUCGAUCGCUACGUGCCGGGACAAGACAGUGGGUCGCCCAACGUUGCCGUCAACCCUCUGGCAGAUCCAGCCAAGCUUCCUUACCAAGUUGGAUUCUCCUAUUUCGGCGAAUGGUGGAGAAUGAACGAAAAGAUCAAGGAUGAUAAGGAGCGUGCGCGCACUGGACGAAGACGGGAGCCUGAAAGGGCCAGAGGCGCCCGAGAGUCUCAAGAGGACCGGGAAAAAGAAAAGGCCAAGAUCCAAGUGGCGUACGAUGCAUAUAAAGAGGAGCUUCAAGCCAAGAUGGCUAGGGCUUUUGUUUCGGAGCACAAGAAGGAGCAGUGGUUCAAAGAACGCUACGUUCCUGAAAUCAGAGACGAGUUCAAGGCAAAGCUCCAGGAUUUCCGACGAGCAGCUUACAGCCAGUGGGAGCAAGACAUGGAAUCCGGCAGCUUUGACGAGUUUUCUCUCGAAGGAAUCCCAAAAAGCGAGAGCAACGGGGCCGGUGGCGUAGUCGAGAAAGAGGAGGGCGAGGCGACAGCCGCCAAUGAAAUUUUGGGAGUUGGCGAUUUGGUCCCUGUCAAUGGAGCCGACAUCCGCGAUGAGAAUCAAUUCCAACCCACUCUGCUCAUCAAGACUAUUGCUCCUCAUGUUAGCCGCCAAAAUCUAGAGGCCUUUUGCAAGGAAAAUCUGGGAGAGGAGGAGGGUGGCUUCAAGUGGCUCUCCCUUUCCGAUCCAAAUCCCAGCAAGAGGUAUCACCGUAUAGGCUGGGUGAUGCUUCAUCCCUCUUCAGAGAGCGCGCCGCCAAUGGAUCGGGCGGAUCCCAAGGACGAAGACGGUGAUGAACCGAUCAAAUCGCCGCCACCUCUGGUUUCCGCUGCAGAAAAGGCCCUCGAGGCUGUCAAUGGCAAAACUGUCAAGGAUGAGGCCCGAGGCGACUUUGUUUGCCACGUUGGAGUUCACAACCCGCCGCUCCAUCCAAGGAAAAAGGCUCUGUGGGACUUGUUCUCUGCACCGGAGCGAAUUGAAAAAGAUCUUCGCCUAGUUCAAAGGUUGGUCAACAAGUAUGAGGAAGAGUACGGCUCUGACUUCCAGGCCAUCUUGAAGGUUGAAGAAAAAGUUGAGGAUCUCAAAAACGCUGGUCGUCUACAGCCUGCUAUCCCUCCUGCGCCAACCAAGAAGACCAAGACCCGGGAGCCCGGCAUGGACGAGGCAAUGGACGAGGAUGAGGAAGGUAUCCCCGAAGAAGAGGAAGAGGAGGAGGGGGCUGUAGAAGAUGAAGAAGUUGAUGAUGAAGACAUGCUCGUGAAGAAGAAGCAGCUUGACCUGUUGAUUGAAUAUCUGCGCAGAGUCUUUCACUUCUGUUUCUUUUGCGUUUUUGAGAGUGACUCUGUGCACGAGCUUACACGCAAGUGCGCAGGAGGCCAUCUCCGCCGCCCUCAAAGCACUCUGUCAUCGUCUGCAAGGGCUGUUGCCAGGGCUAGCGCUAAUGGAGAGCCGUUUCCUGAUAAGAAACGCAACGACGCUGAGAAUGAUGUUGACGGAGAGCUUGCCGAAGGGGACAAGAAGUUCCGUAACAUGUCUUCUAAAACCGAGCAACAGCUGCUUCGUGCUUAUAACUGGGUCAAGACUUUUGAGGAUAAGCUAAUGCAAAUCCUCGAGCCCAGCACUGUUGAUAUUCGCAAGCUUGGCGGUAAGCCUGUCGAGGAGGCCCUUGACGAGGAGUUGACCAAAUAUGUCAAGCAGGAGGAUGAGCACAAGUGGAGAUGCAAGGUUCCAGAAUGCACCAAGCUCUUCAAGGAAGACCACUUCUGGAAGAAGCACGUGGAAAAGAGACAUACUGAGUGGCUUGACGGUUUGAAGCAGGAGUUUGAACUCAUUAAUGCUUACGUGUCAGAUCCAGCACACAUUGCCCCCUCGCGAACUGACGCGAACUCCAACGGUCACUUCCCACCUACCAAUGGCCAGUCGGCUUCGGGUACUCCUCGCGGCUUCAACUUGCAAAACUUUGCUAUCAAUGGCGUCAUGGGCAUGCCUGGAUUCCCCAUGAGCCCUGGAAACUUCCCCUCGUUGUUUGCCGGCAUGCAGGCUAAUGGCUGGAACGCCAUGGGUGAUGACCGCUCAGGCGGUCCCAUUCGACGAGGCGGAAUGUCAGGUGGACGAGGCGGGUACCGUUCUGGACCCUACGAACGCCGUGGAGGCGGUCGCUGGGAUGGCGGAGGUGGUCGCAAUCGCAACGGCGGAUCCCGAUGGGGAGACGGAGCUGGUGGAGCGGCUGCUGGCCCCCGAGAAGCUGUGCAGGGCCGCAGCUUGAAGAGCUAUGAAGACCUCGAUCAAGUGUCUGGAAACGGAAGCGGAGGCGGCGAACUCAACUACUAG